AUGAAAGGUCAGCAGUGGCAGCCGGCCCUGUCGCUGCUUAGCCAGAUUUUCAAAACGAAAUUGGAGCCCACUGUCAUCAGCUACAGUGCUGUGAUCAGCGCGUGCGGGAACGGCAGGCAGUGGCAGAGGGCCCUGUCGCUGCUCAGAGAGAUACGGGAAGGGAAACUGGAGCCCACUAUCAUCAGCUACAGCGCUGGAAUCAACGCGUGUUGGAAAGGGAAGCAUUGGCAGCAGGCCUUGUCGCUGCUCGUAAAGGUGUUUGAGGUGAAAGUGGAGCCCGACUACAAAUUUCAUGAAGCAGCAAUCGCCGGCUGCGAGAAGGAUGGGGCGUGGCAGCAUGCGCUAUGGCUUUUCUGCAGGCUGGUGCAGGCGAGGAUGGAGCCCACUGUGGCCGCCCGCAGCGCUACGCUCCGAGCCAUGGUCGAGGGCACAUCAGGCGGCAAGCCGCUAGAAGGAGACUGUUGA